AGUACAGGGUGGCAGUACAGGUGUGUCUCUCUGUGUGUGUGUUUUUGCAUGUGUGUGUGUCUGCAUGUGUGUUUACUCUGUUAUUGGCUCCCUCCCUCCCUCUCUCUCUCUCUCUCUCUCUCUCUGUGUUAGUUUUACACAGUAAUCUCCUCCUGAUCCUGUCUGAUAGGCGAGCUGCCGUUGCACAGGUAGCCAGAGAGCACAGAACUGAGAAGGACAGAAGAGAACAUCACCAACAAAAGAGAGAUAAUGUUUUCCACCAGAAUAAAACAUUAACAAUACACUGAGAAUAAAAAGGAAGGAGAAACACGGGAAAUAAUGGAUUUUCAGAGAAGAGUAAAGCGAAUGCUCCAGAAUGCGGAAUGACCCAGUAGACACUCCGUACUGGUGAGAAUAUAUGGACCUGGGGAUCUAAUGUGGCCUUUGCGGCUCUGGGACGCACAGGAAGUCGCUAUUUUCCUCAGCCUCACAUUGUAUGUGUGCCACCUAGCUGGAGCCAUCUCCAUACAGUCUCCUCAGCAGAGUCUGACCAGGCCUGUCCAACAGGAUGUAUUGUUCUCUGUAGACAUCUCCUGUGUUGGGACUCCCACCAUACAAUGGACCUUUAUGUCUGGCAGGGUGAGCAGAGACAUUGGGGCCUGGCAACCUGGGGGGUUUACCAAUGUAUCAGAGGACUACAUGGACAGAGUCCACACAUACACUAAUGGAUCUAUGGGACUGUCGGCCCUACGUAUUCAGGACGCCGGCUUCUACGUGAUCACUGUGACUGAACUGUCCGGGAGCAGCAAAGAUGAAGGAUUUGUCUUGAAGGUGGAAGAGGUUCUGUAUGAGGACCUCCAGUUCCUGGCAGUGUUUGCUGUAGGGCUGGCCUCCCUGGCUGGCUUCCUCAUGGUCUCCAUGUGGCUCAUGGACAAAGCCUACUGCCGGAUCAAGGCAUGGAGACAGAGGAGGCAGAUGCCAGAGAAUGAUUUAACUGACCUGCAACCUCUCUGAUAUGAAGAUCUAUGCAACAGCCAGAUGACACUGCCCAACAACCACUCUGAGCUAAAAUGAAAGACUAAUGUUAAGCGUCCACAGCGUGUAAAUUUCACCAGGUCACUGAUUCCAGGAACAGAUGAAGGAUCGUCAACCUACGUGCCUCAAGACUAGCUGCAUGUAUUCUUUUACUAUCACACACACACACACACACAACAGCUGAUAUUAGUCCAUGCUAUUUUAUGUAAGGAAACACACUGACAAGUGGAAACAAAUUAUAUAUUUAUUUUCACAGCUGAGUUUUUUUUACUGUAACAACAUUUGAAAUAUAUAUAUAUAUAUAUUUUUUUUUUUACAUCGACACGGGUAAGUCAAAUGUCCAAGCAAUUCUACUAACAUCAAUGCAUGAUUUCCACAAAAGUGGAUCGAGAGAGAGAGACCUAAGGACAGGGGGUGAGAGCAGCCAUGAGAAGCUCCAUCUUGUAGACAAAGUUGCGUCCCUCCAUCUUACUCCAGUGGACCUCCUUGUAGGGCCCUCGCAGGUGGUUCCACUUCCCAUCUUGGAUGACGUCAGACUUGGGCAGCUCCUUGCUCUGGCUGCGUGGGAACUGGACCAGGACCUUACAGCCGCUCUCUGGACCAUUACGCACUGGAGAAGAUACAUUCAUUUGGACAAAUGUUACCAUUAUCUUAUACAUUUCAGUCAUUAUAUUAGUUUUCAGACUAAAUUAGUUGUUUAAGGUGUAUGACAUCCAAUAUGCCUGAUUGAUUGAUUGAUUGAAGACGGUACCUGAGAUGGCGUACUCCCCGUUGGAGGAGGCGACGGUGAUGGCCGAGGCAUUUCCGAUGCUCUCCACAGAGCCCAGGCCCACAUGGUUACUGAAGCUCAGAACAUGCCAACCCAUCACCUUAGCUAGCUGCUGUACCGCAUGGACCUGGUGCUGAGACAUCUGUAGUACCAGGGGACAGACACAGGGGACACUGUUACUCACACUGGUUCUAACAGGCAGCUACAAAAAGGCUACAUCAAUACUUUGAAAUUGAUUUGAAUAAAAGUUUCCCUGGAGCAAUAAGCCAAGUGAAGAACUAGGUCUAGCAAAUGUUAUGCACUUCAGAAAAUAUAGGUGGCUUCUAGCUAUACUUGAGUGUAAUACAGGGUACAUAAACAGCAGUUGGCGGUGGUAUGACAGCAGUCACUGUGUCCCUUGACCUGGGAGAGAAGGAAGUCCUGCAGCUCCUGUUCCUGGUGAGAGAGUGUGAUGACACGGCCGUCCCUGUGCACCACUCGUAUCUGCUCAACCCCUAUGUUCAGCUGCAGCUGGAUAGACCUGCACACACCCACACAGAAGGUCAUCGAACAUUCUUUCUCCAUGGUCAAAGUUUUUGCUAGACAAGACUUUUUAUUUUUACCGAACGUUGAAAAAGCUGAAAAAUUGGCCAAUUAAAUUGGUGGUAAUUCAUUAAGGUGAAACCUCUUCUUCUGUUGUUCGAGCAAGGAACCUAACUUUUUCCCUUUUAAUGUAUUCUCACCAUAUAUCCAGGCUGUAUCACAACUGGCUGUAAUUGGGAGUCCCAUAGGGCGGCGCACAACUGGCCCAGCGUCAGCCGGGUUUGGCCAGUGAAGGCCGUCAUUGUAAAUAAGAUAUUUUUCUUAACCAACUUGCCUAGAAGAUAUGUUGACACUUCCUGGCCCAGAAGUAUAUUCUCUAAACACUGUCCCUUAAACCAUGUAGAAAUAGUAUUCUGCCUCUGUUGCUCUGGCCUGGCCAGUCCUCCUGGCUUUAACAGUACUCUGCCUCUGUUGCUCUGGCCUAGCCAGUCCUCCUGGCUUUAACAGUACUCUGCCUCUGUUGCUCUGGCCUGGCCAGUCCUCCUGGCUUUAACAGUACUCUGCCUCUGUUGCUCUGGCCUGGCCAGUCCUCCUGGCUUUAACAGUACUCUGCCUCUGUUGCUCUGGCCUAGCCAGUCCUCCUGGCUUUAACAGUACUCUGCCUCUGUUGCUCUGGCCUGGCCAGUCCUCCUGGCUUUAACAGUACUCCGUCUCUGUUGCUCUGGCCUAGCCAGUCCUCCUGGCUUUAACAGUACUCUGUCUCUGUUGCUCUGGCCUAGCCAGUCCUCCUGGCUUUAACAGUACUCUGCCUCUGUUGCUCUGGCCUAGCCAGUCCUCCUGGCUUUAACAGUACUCUGUCUCUGUUGCUCUGGCCUAGCCAAUCCUCCUGGCUUUAACAGUACUCUGUCUCUGUUGCUCUGGCCUAGCCAGUCCUCCUGGCUUUAACAGUACUCUGCCUCUGUUACUCUGGCUUGGCUCCUGCUUCACUUACUUGCAGAUCUGCUCGUAACCCUGGGAGGUGAUGAGGACUUUGACACUGGACUCGUACACAUCGUUGAUGUUGGACCAGUGGGCCUGGAUCUGGGGGUCUUCUAUACGGCUGGCCAGGCUGUCGAUGGUCCGCGCCGUCCUGAAACAGACACCAGGGGUGGACUUGCAGUCAAUGUUGAUUUGCUGUCCUGUAAAAUGUUUAUUCAGUAACAUAUUGUUUCCUUGUGCAAACAUUUUUGAUGAUUUGUGAUUUGACAAAAAAGAUAAGGGGUGCUUUGAGUGAAACAACAAGCCUGACAGAAGAAUAUUAUAAUUAAUAAAACAGUAUGAGCUUA